CGACGUCGUCCUCCAGCGGAGGAAAACAUGACGGACGGCUGACUGGGGACUGGCUCAGGGAAAAUAGCAGCUUGGAAUUUCACGCCAGGGUUGGAAUACUUUUUUGGUCUACAUGUUUUGUUACAAGCACAAAUCCAUCCAUCUGUCGUCUUGGAAUUGAGUUAUAGUAAUCUUCACGUAGCUUCUCUUCUCACCGGGGAGGACACCGAAUCCUGUUAGCUGGCGGUCCGGAUAACUAUUUCCGCUGUGUUUUCUAUGUUAUGAUGGCUAGCACUUGCUAGCUGAUGGCUGGGACCGCUGCAAUGCUAGGUGAUCAUUAGCCAGAUCGAUUUUUAGCUCAACAGUUUUAGUGGAUAUUUAAAGGUUUUUCGAGACAAAGGAUAAGGAAUACCUGGUUUUGUAUUAUUCUGGAACGUUAUUCUUCACUACAUUUACCAGCAUGCACAGCGUCAGAUGUGACAGCCACAGCGGCAGAGAUUCCACAAGUCUUCAAUGUGUUUUUUCUGGAUGUUUUUGAAGGCAUGUCGCCGCCACCGCGAGAGAAACCGCUGACUUUGGAUUGUACCCCAUUUUCUAUUUUUCUGAUCAAAUAUUAACUAUGUGUCUACGCAGCAACUUGGAUUUGUUUGGAUACAUUUAAACUUUCAAGUGAGUGAGACGGAAAUCGACAAAAAGGAAACACCAGCACGGGACAAGUAAAACACAAACGAUCCUUUCUUCUAAAGAAAUAUCAUGGCAUCUGUGUGGAAAAGAUUACAACGUGUGGGGAAACAUGCGUCCAAGUUUCAGUUCGUGGCUUCCUAUCAGGAGUUGAUGGUGGAAUCCACGAAGAAAUGGCAACCAGACAAGCUGGUAGUGGUGUGGACGCGCAGGAGCCGACGGAAAUCCUCCAAGGCUCACAGUUGGCAGCCAGGCAUCAAGAACCCCUACCGAGGAGUAGUGGUGUGGCCUGUACCAGAAAACGUAGAAAUCACUGUCACACUCUUCAAGGACCCCCACGCAGAGGAGUUUGAAGACAAGGAGUGGACGUUUGUCAUAGAAAAUGAGUCUCCUUCAGGUCGUAGAAAGGCUCUGGCCAGCAGCAGCAUCAACAUGAAGCAGUAUGCCAGCCCCAUGCCCACACAGACUGACGUCAAGCUCAAGUUCAAGCCCCUCUCCAAGAAGGUGGUUUCUGCCACGCUACAGUUCUCCCUCUCCUGCAUCUUCCUCCGUGAGGGCAAGGCCACUGACGAGGACAUGCAGAGCCUGGCCAGCCUGAUGAGUAUGAAGCAGGCCGAUAUCGGCAACCUGGAUGACUUUGAGGAGGAGGACGAGGAGAAUGAGGAGAACAGGGCCAACCAGGAGGAGAAGGCUGCUAAAAUCACAGAGAUGGUAAACCAGCUCAAUGCUCUCAGCUGCUUAGCCGGAGAUCCUGAAGACUACUUCCUAAAGCUGGCUAGUAAAACACCAAGCAGCGCUCAGUCUCCCUCCCAAGAGCUGAUCAGUAAGCUGAACUUCCUGGAGGAGGAUCAGGACACGCCACCUGCCCUCUGCUCCAAUCCCUUUGAAGAUCCAGCUGAUGAUGUUGAUGACCCCUCCCACCUGGAACACACCAAUCACUUCAACCCGUUCGGUGACCCGGAUGAUGGUGACACAGGGCCCCCCUCCCUCACCCUCCGACAGGACCCAGUGGCCUACUAUGUCCAAGAACCCUCCAACCCCUUCGACGAAGACGAAGUCAACCCACACUCACACACAGAGUACAACCCGUUUGACGAGCCCGACCAGGACCCAGACCUUGUCCCAGACCCCGACCCCCAGGGGCCCCAGGUCCAGCAGCCGGAGGCUCCCAAACCCAGGGGGAGGAAGGGGGUCAGGCCAGUGGAUAUGAGCAAGUAUCUGUAUGCUGAUACCAACGCACCACCAGAGGACCAACUGGAUGAAUCCAACCCGUUCUACGAGCCUCGGACCUCCAGCCCAUCCCUGCCCUCCGGGGGCCCCUCUCCAGACUUCAGUAAUCAGAAGAGGAGAGCUCCGCUGCCUCCCAGACCUCCAGGUCCCAGCCCCUCGGCCCCCAACACCUCCAGGGAGGGUGCAGAGAGGGAGAGAUUCAUGCCCAGUGGACCCAGUGCCGUGGCAGCUGUGGUGGGGCGAGAGCUGGCCUUCUCCUCUCCUAAGCCCAGUCCUAUCCCGAGCCCAGUGCUUGGUGGGAAGCCCAACGCUAGCCAAUCCCUGCUGGCCUGGUGCCGUGAGGUCACAAAGAAUUACCGCGGAGUCAAGAUUACCAACUUCACCACAUCCUGGAGGAACGGCCUGGCAUUCUGCGCCCUUCUCCAUCACUUCAGACCUGAUUACAUAGACUACAAGGCCCUCAAUCCUCAGGAUAUUAAGGAAAACAACAAAAAGGCGUAUGAUGUUUUUGCCAGCCUGGGCAUCAGUCGUCUGUUGGAGCCAUCUGACAUGGUUCUGCUGGCCAUCCCUGACAAGCUGACCGUCAUGACGUACCUCUACCAGAUCAGAGCCCACUUCAGUGGAGAGGAACUCAACGUGGUGCAGAUAGAAGCCAACAGCAGCCGCAGCACAUACAAGGUGGGAGACUUCGAGACAGACACCAACGCCUCCAUCGGCCAGGACAAGUUCUAUGCCGAGCUAAACGUCAGUGACGCUAAUGCCCAGACCACUGGAUCCAGUGGGGACGUUAGCAUCGGAGCUAACGGCGCUAGCGCCACCAAUGGAGCCGUGGGUAAAGAGGAGGAGGAGAUGGAGGUGGUGAGCGUGAGGAAGAGUGAGACUGUAUCUUUCUCCCUCCCUGACUUUGGGGUGUCCCCCUCCUCUCCCACCUCGCCCCCCCUCCCCUUGCCCCGCGCGGCUCUACUCCCCACCGCCACAGAGUCCUCCCAGCCCAGAGCCGCGCCUCGCUCCCUUGCCCCCACACCUCUAGGAGACGAUGGACGUCAACUACAACUACCCCUGAAGGCAGUCACCCUGGACCUGAGCCAGCUCCCUCUGAGGACGGAGAGAGGGAUAGAGAGGGAGACGAGGGAGCAGGAAGGGAUGAGGGGUGGAGCCCCAGACAACGGGGCCCUAGAUUCAGGGUUCCCUACACCGCAAGGGGCCUCUGGGCCCCCAGGGGCCUCGUCUCCCUCCUCCCACAAGCUGGGCUUCUCCUACAACUGUGAUGCUGACCUCAUCAAGAAGAAGAGGGCCAGCCUCCGUCACUCUGAGACCGCCUCCGACGGCAGCAGCCCCACCCCUAACAACCACGCUGACACGCCCACUAAACAGGAGCCAGCGCCCGUCCCCAGCUCCCCAGUGGAAAAGAAGGUGCAGUCUCGGCAGGAGGAGCUGAAGGAAAGAGCCAGGCUUCUCCUGGAGCAGGCCCGGCGGGAUGCUGCCAUGAAGGCCGGCAGCAAGCACACAGCCAAUUCAACUAACUCAGUCCCAGUUAAAACACCACAAGUCACUGACGAGAAGGAUGUGGAGCGUCGGAGGCAGCUGAGGGAGAGGGCCAGACAGCUCAUCGCCGAGGCUCGCUCUGGGGUCAAGAUCACAGAGAUGCCCCUUUACGACACGACCGCUGACCGAGGGAGAGGCAAAACCACUCCUACUGGAGAUGUGUUGGAUGGAGAUGCAGGUGAUGAUAAUGGGGGUGAGGAGGAGGGGGGGAGAGAUGAAGAUCACCAUGAUGAAACUGUGACAGAGGCUGCUGCGGUAGAUACUAACCCUCCUGAGGCCCCUCCGACCUCCUCCACCAUCCAGGGGCAUCAGGAGUCUACUAACCCCAGCUCUGAGCUAACCUUUCUGGGUGUGAACAGUAAACACGUGGACUUGAAGCUAAAGAUGAUGGAGGUACGACCUGGAGGACCCAACUCUUCCUCCUCUCCUUCAUCCUCCUCUUCCUCUCCCUCCUUCUCCUCAUCCACCUCUCCACUCAGCCCCACAGAGAACAAUGCAGAGCGGCUGCGCAGGGCGACAGAGAGACUGCGUAGUCCUGUGGUCUUCAGUCAGGAGCCAGCUGUCAGGAAAACACAGCUGAGGUCCUUCAGUCAGUAUGUGGAGGUCAGACCAGAGGUAAAGCGUCAGAGAUCAGUACCAGAGGAUCUGAGGCGGGCGGGCGAGGAGAGAGGACUGGCACCAGACACCGAUGCUCGCAAGCCUUAUGAAGAUGAAAAAGCGUUCAAAGACACCAGUCAGUACGUGGUCGGGGAGCUGUCUGCUCUGGAGAGCGAGCAGCGCCACAUCGACGCCCGGGCGGCGCGCGUGGAGAAGAGGCUGCGCUAUCUCAUGGACACAGGGAACAGUAAGGAAGAGGAAGAGGCCAUGAUGCAGGAGUGGUUCAUGUUGGUCAACAAGAAGAACGCCCUGAUCAGGAGACAGAACCAACUCUCUCUACUGGAGAAGGAGCACGAUCUGGAGCGACGCUUCGAGCUGCUCAACAGAGAGCUGAGAGCCAUGAUGGCCAUCGAGGACUGGCAGAAGACAGAGGCUCAGAAGAGAAGAGAGCAGCUGCUGCUGGAUGAACUGGUCAUACUGGUCAACAAACGAGACGCGCUGGUCAGAGACCUCGAUGCACAGGAGAAACAGGCGGAGGAGGAAGAUGAACACCUGGAGAGAACCCUAGAGCAGAACAAAGGCAAGAUGGCCAAGAAGGAAGAGAAGUGUGUCCUUCAAUGAUUGUCAUUUCAUUUCACACACAAACACAUAUAUAGUCUACGUCCCAAAUGACACCCUAUGUCCUAUAUAUUACUUUGACCAGGGUAACAUAGUGCACUAUAUAGGGAAUAGAGUGCCUUUUGAGACACAGAUAUAGGCUAUAAUAUUUGUUUGAUCGAUACAAGAAUUGUAUUAUUAUAUUGACUAUUAUUAUUGUAAUUAUUAUUAUUAAUAUACCAUUAUAUUGACAUAUUGUUAUUAAUAAACCAUUAUAUUGACAUUAUUAUUAUUAUAUUGACUAUUUGAGAAAGCUGUAUUUUAUGUUUAUUUGAACCUGAAAUUGAAAUCCAGUCGUUGUUUUUUUGGUCCAGGGCUGUGAUGGUUUUACUGCUAAACUAAAUGCAACCCUAUUCCAUAUAAAGGGCACUACUUUUGACCAGAUCCCCUCACUAUAUAGGAAACAGGGAUCCAUUUGGGAGGGCUAAAGGCUCUGUGAGGAUGGGCCCCCAUGAUGUCUUGAACCAGCUUUAUACUGACA